UCCGCUAAUUCAAAUUUUCGGAUCGUUCUUACCAUUCAUGCCGCUUUGCCUUCGACGGAAUCAUCGCCGGUACCUGCGAUAAGGUUUCAUUGGCAUUUGUCAGAUUUAGGGUUUAAUCAGAUUCUUUGGCAGACCUUUGGUGGCUUUACGAGGAAAAAGAACAAAUCUAAGAAUCAAUGGCGUCCUCCUCUGGUUUCUUGGGUUGAGACUGUGUACGGACAGGCAUUGUGGAGUGUGGAGUGUGGAAGAGAUGGACGAAGAAAUGGUGGAUGUAUUUGAAGGAAGGUUUACGUCUGUGGAAGUAGAUUUCGGUUAUGAGUUUGACUCUUUUCGUUACUUCGAUUUCAGUCGGAAAGAAACGCUUGCGGAGAUUCGAGAAGCGGAGCUCUGGUUUGAAACAGCUGAGAGUUAUCCCCCUUCUCCGUUCGCAGAGAAGUUGAAUUUGAGCAAGAUUAUCCAUGUGGGAAACAUAAACUACUCUCCAGAAUCUAAAGAUGUGGAAAACAGAGGUUCCACUGCCAAUUGCUCAGAUGUUGACACUGGUCCAGAGUGCUCUGCAUUAGAUGAAAGUAACCAAGAUCAUGAAAGGAUGAGUGAUGGAGUCUUCAGGAACUUAAGAGGUGGCAUUCCGCAGAAAAUACAACGUGGAGAACUAGCACUGACAACAGGGCCAUUUUAUAAUCACAUGGCUGAAGAUAUUCCAAAAGCUAAAAUGAAGCAUGCAAUCAAGGGACCUUUCCAUAGGAGUUCAACUUUAAUGAAACCAACUGCAAGUCAUCUGGCAAAGCAAAAUCGACCACGAGAUGCCUGUGGUUCCAGCAGAUUUUUUGGAAGGUCUGGCAAGCCAUUCGUUCAAGACAAUGGUAAAAACAUGGAUAACCCCUCUGGUGUUGAAAGUCAAGCUGCCAAGAGACAGAAGCUUGAAGGAGGCCACUUACGAAAGGUGGCUGGAACAAAACAACAAGCUAUUCUGACACACAAAAUACCAAAGAAGGACGGACCUGUUGAUGGUAAUAUAGUGCAUUCGAAGCUUAAACUCACUAUCCCAAUAGAGCCUGAUCUGGAGACAGCACACAGGGCCCAAAGAACUAGUUUUAGAUCAAAGAAAAAUGCUGGGUCGGAAGAACACCAGAAGCCAACUGCAUGUACAUUCAAAGCACGCCCUUUGAACAGAAAAAUUCUCGAGGCUCCUUUAUUGCAACUUGUACAAAAGAGCACACCACGGUUGCCCGAAUUUCAGGAAUUCCAUUUGAAGACUUCAGAGAGGGCUCUGCAACAGUUUACAUCUGUUUUACCCUCAGUAGCUCACCGCAAAUGUGAUAAGGUGGAAGUUAACACCAGUUCUGUCACCCAUAAUGUAACCAUGGACUCCAAAAGAUCAAAUUCUGGUGAAAAUCCAAAGGAUGAAUGUGAACCAGCACACCAAUUCAAAGCUCGACCUUUUAAUAGGAAGAUCUUUUCGAGUAAAGGAGACAUUGGUGUUUUUCGGAAUUGUAAGCGGGAAGUCACAGUUCCCAUGGAAUUCAAUUUUUCAACAGAUAAGAGGUCUCACCAUCAUCCACCCACAGAGCUUUUUAACAAGCUGUCGCUUAUAUCUGAACUCCAGCAGAAUACUGCAUCUCAGCCAAAAUUGGCUAGGUCUAGUUCUGUACAUGCUCAGGGCUCAAAGGAGAAUAAUCCAGGUCCUUUCCAACAAGAACAUGUUAUGGCAGGAAUGAUCAUCGAAAAGCCACAAAUAGUUGGGGAAAAGCAAUCUCAGUGUUGCUCUCACAGAAGGGGAGAAAUCAGACCCCAAGGCAAUAUUAACAGGAGCAUCCGUUGAGAGUGAAGAUGCAAUGUUUCGUGCAUGUUAUCAAUUGGUAACGACGAAUAUUGAAAUGCUCAGUUUCCAUUAAGAUUGUGGAAAAAGCAAGGACAAAGAAAUAUGAAGAUCUUUAUAACAAUCUGAGCACAAAAGAAGGGA